CGGACGACUCCCGACCGCUGCCGUCGCCGCCGACUAGCUCGACUGCAUGGGUGCACUGCUUUGCUAGGCGGCGAGGAGCGCGCGGCUUCUAAAUGCGUCUCCCUCCUCUCCACAGCGCGAACGCCGCGGCGAUGCCUUGACUCGCUCGAAGGUUGCGUCUUGCGUGAAGAGAGGCGAGCGCGGCGGCUGGCGUGGCCCUUGGCCGUUCCCGCGACUACCGGGGCCUUUCUUGUUUCCUUCGCCGAUGGAUCGGCCGGUGCACAUGCGCGUUGAUACGGAAUAUGCCGUCGGUCAUCGGCCCGAUGUAGCGUAGAAGAAAGAAAGGUCAACCGAGACUCAGCUUCAGCCUAUCACCCUCUAAGAUGGCGUCGUCGGGCGCGCCAGUGGCGUCCUCCUCGACGCCGCCCGGCAUGGACUCCCGGCGCAGCUGGGUGGUGCUUUUCUUCCUCAGCUGGUGCAUGAUGAUGACCACGGUGAGCGUGCGGGCCGCAGGCGUCAUCUACGUGGGGCUCGUCGACCACUUCCACACCAGCCGCGAGGAGGCCUCUCUCCCUCUCACCAUACACAUGACCGUCCUCUGCUCUGCAUCGCUAAUUGGAGGCUACCUGUGCGAGCUGUGUUCGUACGAGGCGGUGUCUCUGGGCAGCGUGCUCAUCACGUCGGCGUCCAUGAUGAUUUGCUACUUCGCGCCCAACAUCGACUUCAUCAAUUUCUUCUUCGGCGUCCUUCACGGUGGAGCAACCUCAGGCAUCUUCGUGGUCGCCAACGUGCUGCCGUCGCUGUACUUCAAGAAGUGGCGCGCCACGGCCACCAGCAUCGUGUGGUCCUCGCAGUGCUACAACGUCUACUUCAUCCCGCAGCUGGCGAACUUCUUCCGCGUCGCCUACGGCACGCCCGAGCUGUUCCUGCUCAUAGGUGCCCUCUGCCUCAACGCCCUGCCUGCGUGCAUCGUCAUCAAGACCCCGCCGUGGGCCCUGAAGGCCCGGGAAGGUUCUCCAGUUCGCCGGGGCGUUGCCUCUUCAGAAGGCAACGUGGGCCUGAAGAAGGCCGAGGCUUACGGCGUCGCCAAGCGUAAGGUCCACGACGCGUCCGGCGCCGCGGAAACCGAGGAGAUGCUCGACCCCAAGGCACCCGACGGAUCCUCGGCAGUGAGGAUUGUCUGCUCUCGCAACGAGGACCUAGCAGAUGACAGGGUCAUCGGGUCGAGCUGUGACGGUUUCGCCGUACGCGACAUGCCUCGGGGUCUCAAGGGAGUUCGCGACAAGACCAUGUUGCUGUGGAAGAACACGGGGAAGGCCCUGCUGAGCUGGAAGUUUUAUGUGGACGGCCUGUCCUACGCCCUGGAGGUGUACACCAUGUCCACCUACUUCAUGGUGUACGCGGACAUGGCCGUCGAUAAGGGACUGAGCGUCGAGAGCGCCGUCUACCUGCUGCACGCCUACUCGACCGCUGACCUGGCGUUUCGCGUGCUCAGCGGCUGGUUCGUGGACCGCAAGUACAUGCCCAUCGAGUGUUCUAAACUGGCCGGUUUCGUGUUCAGUGUCGCCGGUGCGCAGGCUAUCAGGACUUCGACGACCCUUGUGCCGCUGAUAUUUUCCUCGCUGCUGUUCGGUUGCGGCACCGGCAUCAACAUAGGCAUCAUCGCGCCCCUGCUGCAGCACGACUUCAAGAGGGAGUCGCUCGCCAUGAUGUUCGGGGGAGUCAUGUUCAUCACGGGACUCAUAAUUUUAACGAGGCCGCCCGUCGUCGGCUACUUCCGCGACACCAUCGGAGACUACGACGGCCUGUUCCACACGCUCACCAUCGCCAACGCCUUCUUUGCCGUCAUAUGGUUGGUGCGCGCGUUAUGGGCAAGGAGGCAGUCCGCCAAGGAGGCGGCGGCCCAGAAGGCUGCGCCGACUUCUCAACAGGUGGCGCACCUCUCGGACAACACCACUGUUCCCCUCACGGCCACAAGUGAAGCUGCCUGCUGAUGAUCGCGUGUUUUUCUGAGAGAAUGACCCUCGGUCGACCGUGGGUGGUGAUCGCUGGAGUGGUCGGUGCGUCGUUAUGAAAUCAGUAGUGAGGAGUGAUAACUUCGAUAGCCGCUGUUGAUUAUUGCGGCUAGUGAAGACCAUCGCGCAUGUCUUUCCCUGACGACCGGCUCUCCGAGUGAUUCAGUCUGGGUAGUUGCCGAGACAGCUGUGAAUCACAUUUACGGUGUUCAUAGUUAGCGGGGGGUACCGAUACCCGCGAUACCCGCAGACAUCCGAUAAGCUGAACUAUACUGAUUUAAGUGUUCCGGUAGUGUUCACGCGAGUGAUCGCGCGAAACCUGUAGUGUUCGCGCCAGUGUCUGGAUCACAAGUUAUUGGCGAAGUUACGCAUCGCCUGGACAAUACGUUUUGUUUGCUCCGUUGAUGUCCCGACCGGUGAUGUGUGACUGUGAAUAACGAACCAGAAGACCUGCAAUGCCGUCGGUAGUAGGCCUGGAAAACAUACUGCACCGGUGUCCGACUGCGUCGAAGUGUCGCCGACGCCGCCACUCAUUAGUAAAAUUAAA